CGAGAUCUCUGCGGGUCUCUUGUCUCAGCAUCCUUAGGGCCCUCACCCGUCACUCCCGUGAGAUCCUGGAGGAAAGACUCGGUUGCAGGUCCGGCUGAUCACUCUCGGUCCCUGGAGAUGAGGGUGUGCCUUCCUGCGUAUUCCUGCCAGUUCUGUCUGGAUACCCACCCCUUGUGAAGAAGUGGUUUCUGCUUGCCUUCUCAGAGCCCACCGAAAGUUUGCUGAAGAACACGCUUAGGUCCUGAAGAACAGCUAGAACUACACUCUGUUGCUGAGUACUUCGGUUGGUCUAUGCAGUCCCUGCUGAAGACUUGGUCGUUUAGUGUAUGCUUUUCCUGUGUCUUCACGUUCGCCAUGUUGGGAGGCCAGGCUCUGAGCAAGCCUUCACAGUGGUAUCCUUCGUUAGUAUUUUGUCUUGGAAGAUUUUUCUGGGCUUUGGUGGUACUCACCUUCCAGUCUCAAUCAGCUUUAUGUUAUGGCCUAAAUGAGACGCUUUGUUGUUGUAGAGGGUUUUCCGUCUAAUUCCAUCAUGAAAGUUACAAGCGCACAUUUAGCCAACCGUGAUGUUUUUAACCGUGGUGGCCUUGUGUGAGGUGUUGUUUUUAUUCCUGGGGCUCCAGAUAGGCUUGCUACACGCUGAGAUUUGUACAUGAAUGAAGAGGAAGAAUGACUGGCUUAAAAAGAAUUUAGGAUUUGUUGGAAAAUAACUUACUGUUGAUUUUCCACAAGAGCGAAGAUACAUCCAGAAGGUACCCAGAAGAAACUCCCUGCCGGAAAAACUGAAGAAGCAGUAUUUAUAACACUGGAAUUUGUGGAUAAUUUGUGAAAAUGGCAGAAAAUAAUGAAAAUAAUAGUAAAAAUGUAGAUGUGAGGCCCAAAACUAGUAGAAGCAGAAGUGCUGACAGAAAGGAUGGCUAUGUGUGGAGUGGAAAGAAGUUAUCUUGGUCCAAAAAGAGUGAGAGUUGUUCAGAUGCUGAAUCAGUGAAUGCUGUAGAGAAAACUGAAAUUUCUCUAAGGAGCCAAGAAAGGAAGCACAGCUGCUCAUCCAUUGAGCUGGACUUAGAUCACUCCUGUGGGCAUAGAUUUUUAGGCCGAUCUCUGAAACAGAAACUGCAAGAUGCUGUGGGGCAGUGUUUUCCAAUAAAGAAUUGUAGCAGUCGGCACUCUCCAGGGCUUCCAUCUAAAAGGAAAAUUCAUAUCAGUGAACUCAUGCUAGAUAAGUGUCCUUUCCCACCUCGAUCAGAUUUAGCCCUUAGGUGGCAUUUUAUCAAACGACAUACUGCCCCCAUAAACCCCAAGUCAGAUGAGUGGGUAAGCACAAACUUGUCUCAGAGUGAGCUGAGGGAUGGUCAGCUAAAACAAAGAAGAAGCCUGGAAGAAGAUAUGAGCUGUUUCUCACAUACCAAUGUUCAGCCCUGUGCCAUAACCACCAACAAUGCUUUGUGUAGAGGAGGCCCUAUGGCUGGCUCUGCAGUGAACCUGGUUUCAAAUAACAGUAUAGAAGAUAGUGAUAUGGAUUCAGAUGAUGAAAUUAUAACACUCUGCACAAGUUCCAGAAAAAGAAACAAACCCAAAUGGGAAUUGGAUGAUGAAAUCCUGCAGUUGGAAACACCUCCUAAGUACCACACCCAAAUUGAUUAUGUCCAUUGUCUUGUACCAGACCUCCUUCAGAUCAAUAACAAUCCAUGUUACUGGGGAGUUAUGGAUAAAUAUGCAGCCGAAGCUCUGCUCGAAGGAAAACCAGAGGGGACUUUUUUACUCCGAGACUCGGCACAGGAAGACUAUUUAUUCUCUGUUAGUUUUAGGCGCUACAGUCGUUCACUUCAUGCUAGAAUUGAACAGUGGAAUCACAACUUUAGCUUUGAUGCACAUGAUCCUUGUGUCUUUCAUUCUCCUGACAUUACUGGGCUUCUAGAACACUAUAAAGACCCAAGCGCCUGUAUGUUCUUUGAACCACUGCUAUCCACCCCUUUAAUUCGGACCUUCCCCUUUUCCCUGCAGCAUAUAUGCAGAACAGUUAUUUGUAACUGUACGACUUAUGAUGGUAUAGAUGCCCUUCCAAUUCCUUCUUCUAUGAAAUUAUAUCUGAAGGAAUAUCAUUAUAAAUCAAAAGUCAGAGUACUCAGGAUUGAUGCACCCCAGCAACAAUGCUAGGAAAAGGAUUGGAGCGUGGGGGUGAUUAUAGACAUAUUCUCAUUUAAUAUUUUAUUUUUCUUAUUAUGUCACUUUGAGUUUUUCUACAAAGGCAGUGGGGUUCAAAAUAAACUUCUGCCCGAAUUCUAGAUCCGUUGAUUUUUUUUUUUUAUGAUACACUAACUGCUUAAGGUUAUACACUAGAGGUUAAUAGAUAUUUUUAACUGGGUGUUUUGUUUUUGUUUUCACCUUGUAGAUUCUGUACUUCUUCUUUCCUUAAUUUAUAUAUGAUCCAGGCAUAUUUGGAUCAUAUGCAAAUAUGAUUUGGUAGGUAUUACAAACAUUUUGAAUAUUCUGUAUUUUCAUACUUUACUUUAAAAUUUGAUCUUAUUUCCUUUCCUACUUGUAUUUUGUUAAUCUAUGCUGUCAGUAUUCCUAUACAUAAAAUGCAGUUUGCUUACCCCCCUUUUCAUUGAGUUAAAAAUUUUUCAGUAAAACUGAGCGUUGUAAUUCACCAUUCAUACUUAUGUAACUGACUUUUGUUACUUGUUGAUAUGAAUGUUAAAGGUACAAAAUGGUUUAAAGCUAAA